GGCCCUAUAGAAGAAGAACAGGAGGAUUCGACACGGACCUGCGUCCUGUAUCUCAGCAGCUACAAGACCAAAAGUGCGUGUUCCAAGGGCAUCUGCGUCUGGCUACACGAGACCACGCGUUGACCGACGGCACCAUGCUGACACCGAGCGACAAGCCGGAUCACUCGCAGCACCGGAAGAGCCGCGGGACCAAUAAGGGUGACCACGGUGGACCAAAGCCCAACGAGCCCGGCAGCACCUUUCCUAGGUCGGCCGACGCCUUGCUCCAAAACACACCGCCGGGCGGACGCUCGGGCCGCGUCCUAGUCACCGCCGAGAAGCGGCCUGAGGAUCGCCCGGAGUCACCUGCAUUGACCACACCGUCCACUUCACGGAGCCCAUCCACAGGACAAGAACCCGGGCGCGGCGAAGGAAUCCAGGAUACGACAGUGACCAGACACAGCGACAAACGCGGACACACCGAGACGCGGCGCGGUCAUCGCCCCCGGGGAAUACUCAGGGGGGCGAAAGCGAACGUCACGCCUCUGGUAGGCAACGAGCCCGACGGCAAUCUUUUAGCCUCAGACACAGCGACCGCUCUACGAGAAGCCGGAGUUGCCUCAGCCUCUACGGAGCGGCAAACUUGUACGUUUCUUUCGAUAAGUUGUGUCGCAAACUACUAAUGUAUAAGUUGCAGUUGCUAAACUUGGAUUCCAAACUACGUGCAUGGCUUGAAUGCUUUUUACUAAAUCGUUCCCAGUUUGUCUCUGAUAAUAAUACUGACUCUCGUCCGAGUCCUGUUUUCUCAGGUGUACCACAAGGAUCUGUACUUGGCCCACUCCUCGUUCUAAUCAACAUAAACGACUUACGUUCCUGUAUUUCUUAUCAUAUACCGCUUGUCCGCGGACGACUUCGUAAUAUUUCG